GCCCCUGCCCGCCCUCGCGCCCAUGGGUCCCCGGCUCCUGAGAUCUGGAAGGGAUCAUGCUCUCGGCGCGGAUCUCCACCUCUGGACCGGGAAUGCCGAGUCAAGGCCCGGUAGUGCUUCCACUGCCUACGCAUCCAGUCCGCGGCGAUUGAACCCGGUGCCGCCGGCGAACCGAAGCCGAGGCUCAUGGGCGCAGCGGGGUCCCGGGCUCCUGCGGGGACAGGAGGUGACAGCUCUGGGGGAAGUUCAAGAGAGACAUCUGGGAGACUUUCAAGAGAACAGAUUUAUGUACUGGUGUCAGCAGCAUCCAUGAACUUGGGUUGCAUGAUGGCCUAUUCCAUUCUUGGACCAUUUUUUCCCAAGGAGGCAGAAAAGAAGGGAGCCAGCAAUACCAUGAUUGGGAUGAUCUUUGGAUGCUAUGCUUUAUUUGAGUUGCUGGCGUCUCUAGUGUUUGGAAAAUAUCUUGUACAAAUUGGAGCCAAAUUUAUGUUUAUAGCAGGAAUGUUUAUCUCAGGAGGAGUUACAAUUCUCUUUGGUGUCUUGGACCAACUUCCAGAAGGACCCAUAUUUAUUGUCAUGUGUUUUCUGGUUAGAAUAGUAGAUGCCAUAGGUUUUGGUGCAGCAAUAACAGCAUCAUCUUCUAUCCUCGCAAAGGCUUUCCCAAAUAAUGUGGCUACUGUCUUGGGCAGCCUUGAGGUUUUUUCUGGACUGGGCCUGAUAGCAGGUCCCCCUUUAGGUGGCUUUUUGUAUCAAUCCUUCGGCUAUGAGGUGCCUUUUAUUCUCCUGGGGUGCAUAGUUCUGCUGAUGAUACCACUCAACCUAUGGAUUUUGCCUAGUUAUGAGUCGGAUCCAGGUGAACACUCCUUCUGGAAACUUGUCACGUUACCCAAGGUCUGUCUCAUAGCCUUUGUCAUCAUCUCCCUCAGCUCUUGCUUUGGCUUCCUGGAUCCAACCCUCUCUCUCUUUGUCUUGGAGAAGUUCAAUUUGCCAGCUGGAUACGUGGGACUGGUCUUCCUGGGUCUGGCUCUCUCCUAUACCAUUUCGUCGCCGCUGUUUGGUCUCCUCAGUGAUAGGAUGCCUAAUCUAAGGAAAUGGUUUCUGGUUUUUGGAAACUUAAUCACAGCUGCGUGCUACUUGCUCUUAGGACCUGUCCCCAUUUUGCACAUUAAAAGUCAGCUCUGGCUCCUGGUACUGGUGUUAGUUGUAAAUGGCUUCUCUGCUGGAAUGAGUAUCAUCCCAACUUUCCCGGAGAUGCUUAGCUGUGCAUAUGAAAAUGGGUUUGAAGAGGGAAUAAGUACACUGGGACUCAUCUCCGGUCUUGUUAGUGCCAUGUGGUCAGUUGGUGCUUUCAUGGGACCAAUGCUGGGCGGAUUUCUGUAUGAGAAGAUUGGUUUCGAGUGGGCAGCAGCUUUGCAAGGCCUAUGGGCUCUGAUAAGUGGACUUGCGAUGGGCUUAUUUUAUCUCUGGGAGCACUCAAAGACGAGAAGAAGUAGAUCUAAAGCUCAGAACCUCAUUGGCACAGAGGAGGAACAAACUGCUCUAUUGCCCAAUGAAACCUAGCCUUGCAAACUCUGGAUUGAUGCAGAUCAAGACACAGGUGCCUGGAGCUGUGAUAGCAGCUGCUGGAGGACCUUUCUUUGUGCCAUGCAGGGGGCUGUGCUUCCUGCACUUGCACCCUGGAAGUGUCAAGCUGAUUUUAGAUGACCCUGAACUAGGCUACACUUAGUGUAGUUGGGAGCAUCUGUGAGAAAGGGAAAACUAACAGAAGCUGGUGUUUCUAAACAACCGACCUCGCCCCGAGGGUGCUGUUAUUGACUCUUUAGCCUCCUUCUUCUUGUGUUCCUUUUUCAUUCUAAGUACAUCAAUUCUACCAAUGCACUACCUAAAAUUAAUACAUGAAAAAUUGAAACUACUUAAUACACACUGAACAUAUACAACAGAAUGAAUAAUUUUAUGAAAUCAGUUUUGAAAGAUGUGCUUUCUCUGCACUGAGAUUUUUAAAAACCCAUUAAAUAGGCAAAAUUCCUGCCUGCCAGGUAAAAACUCUAGAGCCUUCCUUCAUUUUCUAAAAAUGUUUCUGGGGAAGGAGCAAAAAAAAAAAAAAUACAUGUAGUUUCCAUUUUGUGACAUUUAAAGUUAUGAUCUAUUCAUAAGCAUUAUUUGGCAUAACAUUAUUCAUUUCCAAUCUCAGCAUCUCUUUGUUUUAGUCCCACAGUUUAUAUUGCUUUAUUGUGUUUACUACUUUUUGUACUGUUGGAAGAUGGAAGAUGUGUCCCAUCACUAGGCAGGGCAGUGCGCGAGCACACACACACACACACACACACACACACACACACACACACACACACACACACACACACACACACACACCAGCUAUGAGGGUGUGGUGCACAAUGGAGGGAUACUCCCUCGAACUUCAUGUAAAAUCCUAGCUGUACUUGAAAUGAGAAUGUCAACUUUGUACCUCCAGAUUCAUUUUCUUACUUUAGCAGUUACAUUUCUUUUCUAAUAGAAUAAAUGAGUUUUGUCUAUCUA